UGGCUCUCGAAGAUCUGUGCUCUAUAUCAUGUUUAAACGAGUCACACGCCGCCAGAAGCGUAAGGAAGAAGAAGAGGAUCUUGGUCUGACUGAAGAAAUGAAGGAGGUCAUGGGAAUGCAGGACACAGACUCUUCGGAAUCGGACUCGAACUCUGACGACAACUCUGAUUCGGAUUCUGAAGGAUCCGGAGAGGGCGAACAGGUACCGAAGCUCAAAGGGCAGAAGAGAAAGAGAGGUGUAGAGGACGAGGGAGGACCAGGUUCUGAACUGGAAGAGGGCACGGAAGGAGACGAUGGUGAACUCGACGGGGAGGGCGAGGAAGACGACGGUGAAGAAGAGGAACAGGAAGAAGAGGAGGGAGAAUCUGAGGAGGAUGAAGAGCCCACAAUGUCAAUAUCUGCUGCCCUACAAAAUCCCCUCCAUGUCGUCUCCCUCGAUCCCGAAAUCCGGACUUGCGUUGUAUGUCCUGGUAAAUUGCUGAAGAAUGCAAAAAUGAUAGAAGUUCAUAUGGCAUCCAAUGGCCAUUCACGACGCUUCAAAAAGUUCAGAGCUCUGGCCAUGACUGGCGACCCAGAAGACGAUGUCUCCGUUCUGCUCAAGCUCAUCGCAGAUGUGGCGCCACCUCAAGCACCUUCCCUCCCAGUCGCAGGGGAAUCCAAACGUGCACAAAAACGACGAGAAAAACAGGAGAAGAUCAAAAUCAAACGCGAAAAGGCCAAAGAGGCCAAAGCGAAAGGCAUCGAGCGCAAAAAAGCCAAGAAGGAAACCGAACAACCCGGACCUGACAACGCUUCCCCAUCCGCAUCCGCACCCACACCCAAAUCCGCUAGCAAAGGAUCCGACCCCACUACUAACCCUCCCUCAUCACCAGCGAAAUCAACAGCGUCGCUGUCUGCCUCUACAUCUCCGCCUAAAACGACGAAGUCGGACGGCAAGUCCAAGUCGUCAAAGCCUCCAAAGGAGAAGAAGCCAACAUCUAAAAGCCUCUCGGGUCCAAAACCGAAACCGCAAUCUGCAUCUCAGGUCAAACAGCUUUCAAAGAAAAAGCUGACAGGUGCGGGUCUAGAGGACGCGGAACCACCGACCAAGAAGCGCACGAAGCGAUACUUCGAUGAGGCGGAGGAGGCAGCAGCGAAGGCGGUAAGCGAGGAGAAGAAGGAUGGGUCGAAGAAGAAGGCAAAGCCUAAGGCGAACAAGAAAUCUGAGAAGAGGGAGAAGAAGACCCCUGUUUUGCAGAUUUUUGAGUAGACGCUUCGUCUUCAUCACUAUUCAAUUCACAGAGCUCGCGGGGAGGUUAUCGCGACCGACACAUCCGCGCGAUUGGUCUGCGAAUGAUGAUUGAAGUCCAGUCUCAGUCUCAAGUUCGACUAUGAUCAUACUUCCACCGAAGUAGGAGUCGCUAUAUGUGG